AUGGCGGCGGCAUUGCUAGUGGAGGUGACCACUCGAGACUAUGACUGUGUAAAAUGUAAUACAUACUAUGUCUUCCUACAUGAAGCAGUAAAAGGCUUGCACAUCUUUGCAAAGGGUCCAACAUUAUAUUUCUGUGUUGCAAAGUGCUCCCUCAUCAAAGAUGUCAUUUCGUCUUUAAAGAGGCACAGGAUGCAUGAACAGCAGUUGUCCCAUCAUCCUUUACCAGAGCUGAAUAAUUUUGGCAUGGAGUGCAUGCACGUCAAGCUGAUGGCAACCAUGUUCCAGAACAUGUUCCCCUCGAUCAACGUACACAAGCUCAACCUCAACAGCAUAAAGAGAUGUGUGCUGUUAAAUCAUGAUCCUGUUUCCCAGGAGGUGAAGUUUCGGCAUUACAUCCUGAAGGUGGUGCCUGUGGGCAUGAGUCGAGGGGUGAAGAAGCUCAUGCAGGAGAAGUUUCCCAACAUGAGCAAGCUGGAGGACAUCAGCGAGCUCCUCAUGAAAGGUGUCGGCCUUUCAGAGAGCCAGGCAGAGCAGAAUGGGAACCACAACAUCACAGAGUUGCCACAAGUGUACUCGGGUUGUGGAAACAUGGCCUCACAGCAGAGCGCAGUUCGGGUAACUGAGAUUGGCCCCAGAAUGACUCUGCAGCUGGUGAAGAUAGUAGAAGGCAUGGGGGAAGGAAAAGUGCAUUAUCAUUUCUUCGGUAAGAGAACAUUUAGUCGCACAGCCUAUCUCGAGGAAGAGCUCCAGGAGAUGCUGAACGGGAAGGAAGCCUGUCUGAAAGAGAAAGAAGAAUGGAAGAAAAAGCAAGAACAGAACAUUGCCCUAAAAAAAGAAAAACGGGAUCAGAACAAGAAAAGGAGCUUGGAGGGCAUCACGAGAACGCGGCAGCAGAAAGGGCAGGUAUCUGAUGAUGAAGUGGAGGAUCCUGGGAUACUGGAGGACCAGGCUCCAGCUGAGGAGUCUAAGGAUGAAGCAGAGUAUUACAGACAGGCUGUGGGGAAGGAAGCAGAUGAAGAUAUUUUUCCUGGUGCAAAAAGGAAGCGUGGUCCUGGAAAGUUUCCAAAUCCCUUUAAAAAAAAGGAAGCUGCCAUCGGGGAAGGGGCCUCCUCAUGA